UCCGGACCUCCUCACUGAACUUUGGCCGAUGAGCUUUGCUGCUGCUGCUGCGAUGGCUGCUGUUGCUGCCGUCUCCUCCUCCUCCGCUGCUGCUGCUGCUGUUUCUACUCCGACUCUGGGGGAAGUUGGAAGCGUCUUGCACGGCAUCGACGGUAUUCCACACGUCGGCUCUCAUUUCCUCCUCACCGCCCUGGGCGACGGUGCGACUCUGCCGGGAGCGGAGCACCUCAUGCCAGGUGACAGGCUCUCCCUGAACACCGCGGCGGAUUUAACGCACCUAAAGGGGAUUCUGAGGAGGAGACAGUUGUACUGCAGGACUGGGUUCCAUCUGGAGAUACUUCCGGAUGGCACGGUGCAAGGGACGAGGAAGGACCACAGUCGUUUCGGUAUUUUGGAAUUCAUAAGCCUUGCCGUUGGGUUGAUAAGCAUUAAAGGGGUGGACAGUGGACUCUAUCUGGGCAUGAACAACAAAGGGGAGUUGUACGGCUCCGAGAAGCUGACAGCCGAGUGCAUCUUCAGGGAACAGUUUGAGGAGAACUGGUACAACACGUACUCGUCCAACCUCUACAAACACGGAGACAGAGGGACGCGUUAUUUUGUGGCGUUGAAUAAAGACGGAACGCCAAGGGAUGGGACUAAAUCCAGACGGCACCAGAAAUUCACACACUUCCUGCCCAGGCCUGUGGACCCGGACCGUGUUCCAGAACUGUACAGGGACAUCCUGGGCCACAGCUGAGACUCGGGAGGACGGGAGCAGAUCAGGAAAAACGCUGCUGAAACCCUCGUUGGCGGGGAGCAGAAGAGAAAAGGAAGACGGACGCGGACGGGGGACGUGGACGUGGCCUGGUGCAGGCUGGUGGACAGCAGCUCGACCAGCAGGGAUAAAGGUGCCG